CGUGGCAAGAAGAAAAAACUCAACCCAAAAAAAGAAAAAAGAAUUGUAGGGAAAGUAGAACAACUAAACAUUUGUUGCAUUCUCCAUCUCUAUCUAAUCACUUAUAUAAAAUCUAGAUCUACAAACAUGUUAUUCCUGAUUUUAUAAUAAUUCCUCUACUAUUAAUUCUGACCCAUCGGCUUUGUCGUCGAUUUCAUCAAAACCCUAAAAUUCAUCGCUUUUGUGACUGUGAUUUAACAUUUGUUUGUUUUCUAUUUGUUUCACGAUGAGACAGAGGAAGAAAUCAAAUUCCGAUGUUCAACAGGAAGACCAACAACAUCAGAAUGGUCACUUGUCCAAGUUUAGACAACUUUUCGAUCCCGAAGCUUCUUGGGACAAGGAUCAGUUGGGUGAUGUAUUGCAUUGGACUAGACAAUUGAUGGCUCUUGUCUGUGGAUUAAUAUGGGGUGCCAUUCCUUUGGUUGGUGGGGUCUGGUUUAUGCUGUUUCUUGCACUUUCAACCGGAAUUAUCUACUGUUAUUAUGCGCUGGUGCUAAAAGUUGAUGAAGAAGAAUUUGGUGGACAUGGAGCUCUCCUCCAGGAAGGGCUUUUUGCUUCUAUGACACUCUUUCUGCUUUUUUGGACCGUAGUCUACAGUUUGGCUCACUUCUGAUGCGGACUUCUCAACUUGACUGAGCUUCCCGUCUCUUUUCAAGUCGGAACUCAUAUUUUGGUAGAUGGUACCAGGUGUUAUUUUUCUGGUUGUUGGGAUGGAGUUCCCAGAAAGACAACGUUGGCUGAUAAAAUGGCCAAUUUUCGACUGUGCAAUAUUAUCUUCAGUGUAAUCUGAAACAUGGUAGCUUUCCAUUUCGAACAUAGUUUAAAGUGUAUUUGUUCAACAUUCUUUGCUCCAAGUGCAGAUCAUGCUGUGACCCAAUAACUAUGCUUGUUUCUUAGCCUUUCUUAGGUAGGUAGAAUUGCUUAUAACUUUAUGCUUUUUACGCAACUCUCCAGGCAUCUUAUUUGAAAAAAAAUCAGCAGUUUCCAA